AUGGGUGGUGGCGAAACAUUGAAUCUAUCGCCAAAUUUUGAGGCUCGGUUCUCUCGAAUUGAUAUAACACCCACUGGAAAUGCUUCAACUACUCCUGAAGGGACAAGGCGGUCCCCUUCCAAAAAGUACCCAAUACAUAUCUAUCCACCUCCGAACACUACACCCUCAAAAUCCCCCUUUUUAUCCACAGCCAAAAGAGCCGAAUCUAGAACGAAAAGUGGCGGAAAGCCGUCCAUCUCGGCGACCCCAGAGACCACAGUAGCAUCGAGAGUAUCCUCAACCACUUCAAGUUCAUCAGCUAACGAAAAGAGAACCAUACUGAACCCCGUAAACAACAACCCGCCAACGACAAGAUCUUUCUCCUUUAUGAGAGAAACCUCUUCAUCAAUUAAUAAGCAAGUAGACCAGGUGAUAGGAAUAAAUAAUGAGAACAUAGUGCGGCCCCAAGUCCGACACUACUCUGGCGGGUCACGCCAGUUACGAGGAAACACCCGCCAAAGCAAACUUCCCCCUAUCACCAAGAGUAGAAGAAUAGCUUCCUCGCACAUAACUAGAGCAGUACCUUCUGAUAUCACCAACUAUAGAAUCGAAUACGGCAAAAUGCCACAUUCAGAACUGCAUCCUCACUCUCUCCAAAAGCUAGAGUCACCUUCCUCUGGUGCUCCUACCCUCUCUACAGGGAAGAGAAGGAAUAGACUCCCUGUUCUGUUCUCACUGAACUCUAUCUCGAGCCAGAAAUUAUCCCUGCCAGAAGUAGAUCAACCUCUGAACGUUAAGAGCAUGAACCUGAAUCUGGGACAUAACGUUCAGGACCUGAACGUUUACAAUAGGCUCUAUAAUAACUCUUACAAGCGUAAAGUAUCUACACCAAGACAGGAUACUCCGAAAAUACUUCACAGAUCUACCUCCACUAAAUCGCUUAUCGCAUUGUCAAAAAUUCAGACUUUGACAGAAUUGUACUCAGUAAUAUACCAGGUAGACCCUAGUUUGUUUGAAGAUGAUACGGAAGAUGACAAUGAAUAUACUGUAUGUAACCCAUUAAAGCCAGAACAUAUUGUCAAAGACGACUCCAACAACUCUCUUUCCAUAUAUGAGAGAGGCGAGGUGUUAAGACGAAAGGAUAUCUACUAUUUAGCUGAGAAACCCAACACGCAAGGACAACUUUCGGAAAGAUCGAUCAAUAUCAAAAACUAUGGAGAAAACUUUGGGUUUGAUGAUAAACAGGGCAACUAUGUUAUCAUACCAAACGAUCAUAUAAACUACCGAUAUGAAAUAUUGAAAGUUUUGGGAAAUGGUUCGUUUGGAAAUGUUGUAAAGUGUGCCGAUCAUAUGUAUAAGACUCGCUCAAAAAAUAAGGGAAAGGCUGUGGCAAUUAAAAUUAUUAAGAAUGAUUUGAAUUGGUCUUUGCAAGCAGUCUAUGAGAUUAAAAUGUUAAAAAGUUUAAACGAAUCGCAACAGAACAAAGGUUCCAAUAUUUUAAAAUACUUUGGGCACUUUCACUUUAGAGGACAUAUGUGCAUUGUAUCGGAGAUUUUAUCAUUGAAUUUAUUUUCAUUAUUGGAGAUAUCUUCUUACAAGGGGUUCCUGAUUAAUAUAUUGAAAGAUUUCAGUAAGCAAAUACUCACUGGGUUAGAAGUUAUUCAUUCCAUGAACAUAAUCCAUUGUGAUAUAAAACCUGAAAAUAUAAUGAUUAAAUUACCUACAUCACCUAGCAUGGACACAUUGAGCAUUAAGAUUAUAGAUUUUGGCUCUUCGUGCUUCAAAAAUGAAAUCUCAUACUCAUAUAUUCAAUCUCGUUAUUAUAGAGCUCCUGAAGUCGUCUUAGGGGCAAGAUAUGAAGAGAAGAUCGACAUUUGGUCAUUUGGUUGUGUUUUAGCAGAAUUAUACACCGGUUCACCUUUACUACCUGGGCAUAAUGAGUUAGAACAGAUUGGCUUAAUGCUCGAAUUGUUUGGCUCACCGCCCAGUUCAUUGAUCCAAAAUUUUAGAAAGAACAUAAUGAGCUCCAUUGAGAAAAGUAAACAAAAGAUUUCACAGGUAGAUCCUGUUACAGGAGGUCAGUUUGGAGGAUUAGGAGGGCCCCAUUAUAAUGGGCCUAAAAUUGACGAAAGAAGCAUUAAGAAAACAUUAUUGUUUUCUCUUUUCGAUUUAGAAGGUAAAAUUGAUUUACAAUUUUUGAAUUUAAGGUUACAAGCGCAACAGCAGCAUAUUAAUGGUUUAGACAUUUCAUUUGGUUCAGCAAACUCAUCCACCAAGAGGAACGUGAAGCUAAACUCCAAGAUUCUUGAAGUACUACUUAAAGUUGGAAUAAGUAACGAGAAUAGAAGAGAUACUACGAAUUUUAUCAAAUUUUUGAAUGGUAUCUUUCAAUGGGAUCCUACGGUUAGAUUAUCGGCAAAAGAAUUAUUGAAUAGUUCAUUUUUAACCAAUACUGAUUAA